CUAGUAUGGCUCGUUGUGAUCUUUUGCCUCGAGAACGAGAUUGGCUCGCUUACGCAGCAGACGUGAUGGACCGCCGCACACCCGCUGGCCGCUUCGCGCUCUUUAAGAAGCUGCGUGAUGGAUUGAAUACACAACACUUUGUGCCGAAGUCUUUGCCGGUGACAGAUGAACAGCUGGAUCCAAACUACUAUGCAGCACUUGGGGAAGAUUUUUACGGUAAACAUGAUUAAGGCCUGACUUUCGUCCUCACACGCGCAUGGUUGGUUCUAGAAAUUUUUUUGACAAGAAGACAGACAACUGACACUAGGACCACUUCUUCUAGCUGUACAAAUUACAAAUUAUACUAAAAACUUUUUUCCAGCACGCUCCCUCUAUCUAAAGACAAACUUCUACAGACUCCGUACCCAGUGGAAAAACUCCAGGUCUUACAGAGCAGCAAGAUUUUGGAGGUCAUCAAAGAAUCCGUGAUCGACACACGCUUGCAAUGCGCCAGAGACAUCCCGAAGACUUCUGGGCACCCUUGCCGAUUUUCGUCAGUUUGGGACCUGUGAUCAAGGCACCAAGUUAA